CACUAUUUUGUAUAUUAUGAGUGCAACGCGUGGCUGCGCUUGCGAAUAACAGUCAACCUUGUACGAAUUUAAGGUUUUUGUCUAUCAGUGGAUAUUCGCACAACCCAAUUAACAGUUACAUACCGAUCAGUGUCACAGUCCCCGUUUCUACAGCGAGAUGGGUGCCGGGGACGCGUGUGCCUCUCUAGGAGGUUCUUUCAUCGUGAGUCGCAUGGAUCCCAACGAUAUCCUGAACCUUGCCGGGGAGUUUGUUGUUCAGUACUACACCGUGAUGAAGAAGUACCCAUCUGGGCUGCAUCGCUUCUACAAAAAUGACUCUUCAAUGGUUCGGGAUGAUGUGACUGUGUUUGGCCAAAAGCUCAUCCACGAGAAGAUCAUGAGUAUGAAUAUAUUUGAUUCACGCGUUGGAAUUCUGAGACUUGAUGCUCUUCGUGCCAUUGGCAACAGUGUGCUCAUUCAGGUCGCGGGUGAAAUCAGCAUUAAUGGGGAGAAUCUUCGACGGUUCACUCAGAGCUUUGUUCUCUGCGAGCAAGCUCCCUGUGAUUUCUAUGUCUUGAAUGAUAUUUUUAGCUACCAGGAUCGCGUGUACGGCGACGCGACUUCGAAGACUAACAUAGAAGAUACCGGCUCUUCUGAUCACCUUUUGGAGCAUCCAUCGAAAGUAAACCCCUGUGGCCCGCCAAACAACGGAGCGCCGGAUCUCAAUAAUACUCGUGAUACGUCUUGGGAAAACGGCGUUCCUCUAGAUGUCAAGUACUCGGAAUCUUACUCACUUCCCAUGGAAGCUCCGGAUAUUAGUCACUCGCAGUCGGCUUCUGUCGAAGUAUCAAAACCAGUUGACGAGCAUUCUCCGCUGGUCUCUCAUCCACCCGAUAGUCCACAGCCUGUUGCUUCAGAGGAGAACGUGCUUGUCAAUUCGCAAUCCUUGCCCUGUAGUUGGGCACAAAUGGCCUCAAGACAGCCCGUGCAUGUUACACAAAACGCACAUGUCAACAAGCAAAGUAGAUCAGCUCUCGCUAGCGGUAGUCAGAACUCUGACGAUCCUGGAAGGCUGUUGCGGCAGACUGAGCUCCCUGCCUCCAGCGCCAGAUCCCGUGGCACCGGUGGACGUCAGUCUCAAGUUGAAAGCCAUCCCUCCAGUGACCAGGACAAUCGCUCCGGAUUGGCGAAUACACGUGUGAGCGGAGGUAGAGGAGGACAGUCCAUUAUGAAACCGCGUGGAUUCGGUCGCGGCAACCGAGGCAUUGAUGCUGGUCGUGCCGGACUUGCGGGACGUGGAUCUUACCCUCGUCGUGGUCAGUAGACGCAGUUAUGCACAGCGCCGACGCUGUGUGCAUCACUAACCGCGCUCUUCAACGCAUUGAAUAGUUACGGUGAUCCUCAAACAUGCACUGUCGAUGAUGGUUAACUGCUACCCCGUUUUGUUUCCAUAAUCCUCUUCGUGCAUGUUAUUCACGCUUUUUCCUAAUUGCUUCUACGGAGAAUGCAGCCCCACUGUUCAGUACAAUUUGUAUCAAGUUCGAACCCCUCAUUUAGUCCGUGAAUUCUUCCUCAGUAUGCAAUAAAACGCACACCAGUGUGGUCCACCUUUACACUGAACUUUCGUGCUUAUAAAUCCCACUAGCAUGAACUUCAAAAAUGUCCCCUCGACUAUUGUUCGCAGUUUUAUGCGCGCGUCGUGGUGAGUUUACUUAAUCUCGUGAUAACUGCAGACUAGCGGUUCAACUCGAGAAAAAGGCUUAUGUGG